GGUUUUUUUAAUAAGUUUAUUAGUAACUUGAGCUAACGUAAAUGUGCUAUUUUGGUGACUAUAGAAGGGAUAAAGUAUAGGUUAUUUUUAUAUGGAGUAUCAUACAUUCAAGGUAAAAUGCAUAAAUAUUAAAUUGGUUAAUUACUUAAUAACAACAUUAUUUGAUUACAGUAUUAUAAAUAUUUUUAAAAUAUUUAAUAAUAUACAUUAUCAUUUACAACACUAUACAAAAAAGUGUAAAGUAGUUAAUAAUAGUGGACUAAGUAUAUUGCUAACAGGAUUUAUAAUGAAGAAUAUCAUCUCACUUUCACUUUGCAAAUCACACAAUUGUUGAAAUUAUCAACAAAGGUAAAGAAAGAUAGAUUAUAAUUUGAAGUGUAUCGAUUCCAUUGUCGAGAAUUUAAACAUGAACUUAACUUUAUGAAUGUUUCAUUUGAUAUAUCACCAGGUUGUAAGAGGAAAAUCUUUUUUGCUAAAGAAAAAAUUACACGAACUCAGAAUCUAAAUACUGUUCUUUUUUCUAAUAAUCAUUGGGUGUAGUACUGCGGUGGACAAUACACAGUUGAAUUAGGUUCUGUAAUGUAUCACGUAUGACAAUAAAGAUACAAUUAAUUUUCAACGAGAGUUUAUCAUUUGCACAUUAUAUUCUUUGAAUUCCGAGAAGUUUUCAGUAGUUCAUUAUGAAAGAAUUCUAAUGAUUAAGAAAAGAUGUCAGAAUAUAAGUAAAUGACGUGCGUUGAGAUCAACAGGGCAAAAAGCAGGGGCGAACUAUGAUUUGUCAGCGUCAGAUACUUAUAAAAAAUGACACGCGG